CACACGUGACAUCUGUGCUACUUGCUGCGAGUCUAGUACGACCGCUACUCUUUUGUCCGUCUUCUCCCAGCACGACCGUCUCCGACCCAUUCACUUGUCCAUUCAGUUGGCACUCUGUUGAAAUCCUCAAAAAUUAUUUUCUAUGGUGGUCUAGCCCGACCCUACACGACAUGUUACGCCAACUGGUCUCAGAAAUCUGGUAUGCAAGCUGUUUUCCAAUGCCGACCAUUCACCACCACGCCUUCUGUGGCUGACACACCUGCUGCCGAGGACUUCACGCCAAGGUUUUCCCUAUUUUCAUCUCCUCGAAUUCGCCUUUGUCCCCACCGCACGCAAGUCGCAAGUUCCGUUGGCCCAGUACUUCACCCGACUAACACCAAGCUUGAUCUGACGCAACAACCUUUCGCCAAUGGUCAUGCCUCUCUCUCUGCGUCAUGCCCGUUCGUGUCCGACACAGCAAGAGAUCGGCGCCGAGAACUUGGGCUGCUUCACGGAAGCUCUGCAGCCGACAACAAUUUGAGCACGUUGCGUGGCGCUUGCCUCCCCCGAUGGCGAACGAGUGGGUUCCUGUGCUGUGCUGGUCCACGCGACCGUCUGAACGGAGACCGACCCUAGAUGUGUUCUAGCUGCUAGAGACGAUGUAGAUCGCAAGGCGCGAUGUGUCGAUAGCAUUGAUAGUCGCAGAUAGCGUUAUAGACUUUAUGUGCUGCCUGUUAUCGCACCGAGUCAUUAUCGUCAUUUCUCGACCACUACCAGCCCAGCCCCCGGGACCGGGACCGGCGCUUGCCUCCAUCGCUCUGGCAUCCAUAUAUGCGCUCAUACCUGCCUAUUACAGCUUUUAGGCUGGCUCGCUUCGCUGCGCAGAUGAUAGACAGGGAAAUGAUCCUUCCGUGGUUCCAACUUCCUUUGUCUGCCACCAACACCCACCAGGCUUCUUUCUGCACAGACCAGAGAUCUGCCCACGCGUCUGCCGCGGACCAAGUCCGAAUAUAUUUGUCCUUGCUUUCCCCAUCAACCAGCUGCUCCUCCCUCGAACAGACCCUUCCUCAUGUCUCAACCCCCCGAACACUAUGCCCACUCCAUGCAAGAUCAGCUUGGCUCGCCAGAAUCUGUCUCCUCGGAGCUCUCGGAUGCGGAGGACGAGGAGGACUGGGAGGACUACAAACCGGGCGGAUACCACCCCGUGAAGAUUGGUGAUGCCUUCUCUGAUAAUCGCUACGUUGUCGUGCGCAAAUUGGGCUGGGGACAUUUCUCUACAGUCUGGUUGACAUGGGACAGCAAGUCUAAACGACAUGUCGCGAUGAAAGUAGUCAAAUCGGCCGCACGAUACACGGAGACAGCGCUCGACGAAAUCAAACUCCUCCAGCGCCUUAUCACGUCUAGCUCCCCCAAUGGGUCGAACAACCAUCCCGGGCGCUCUCAUGUCAUCUCGUUCCUGGACCAUUUCCGUCAUAACGGGCCCAAUGGCACGCACGUGUGUAUGGUGUUCGAGGUUUUGGGAGAAAGUCUACUGGGUCUCAUCAAGCGGCAUCAGAACAAAGGUGUCCCCAUGCCCAUGGUGAAGCAAAUCGCGAAACAGGUGCUGCUCGGGCUGGACUACAUGCACCGCUGCUGUGGGGUCAUACACACCGACAUCAAACCCGAGAAUGUGUUGGUGCACAUCGACGACGUCGAGUCCAUUAUCCAAUCGGAGCUUGCACUGGCAUCCGCUUCGCCCUCAAGCUCCGCGCCGAAGCCCAAGAUCAUCGGCGUCCCGCCAUCGCAGGGCCGUGGCGGAAAUCAGACGCCGCGCACGCAAUCGUCCAUCUUUGUGUCGCAACCGCUUCCGUCGCCAAAGAGCAGCAGCAGCCUCAGCUCGAGCUACAUGUCCGCAGCCAGCGUCGACCGCUGGGGCCUGGGCAUGACCCGAAUAGACGGCAGUGCAAAAAGCCCUGUCGGGACACCAACGGCGACGACACCCAAUUCGGAGAUCGACCUGCAUUCGCUUUCGAUCUCACCCAAAUCGACACACUCGGCUAAUGUGUCGCUAUUGACACAGAACGCGCCUCUCAAAGGGGCGAUGCCCCCGAACGGAGGAUCUUCGGGGGACAUGGAGAUAGAUGUCGACCCGAACACAGCUGAUCUUGCGGAAAAGAUCACUGUGAAGAUCGCUGACUUGGGAAAUGCCACCUGGACACAUCAUCAUUUCACAGACGACAUCCAGACACGACAAUAUCGUUCACCGGAGGUCAUUGUUGGCGCCAAGUGGGGCCCGAGCGCUGAUAUCUGGAGCGUCGCUUGUGUGAUCUUUGAGCUCAUAACAGGGGGAGACUACCUCUUCGAUCCCGCAAAGGGCACUCGGUACACAAAAGACGAUGAUCAUAUGGCUCAGAUCUUGGAGCUGGUGGGUGAUGUUCCCAAAGCUAUCGCCUUUGGUGGAAAAUACAGCUCGGAAUUCUUCAAUAGAAGAGGUGAACUGCGGCACAUCAGCAAGCUGCGCUACUGGCCACUGGAGUUGGUACUGCACGACAAGUACCUGUUCCCGAAAACGGAGGCAGACGACAUCGCCUCGUUCCUAACCCCGAUGCUCCGACUGCACCCUGACAAGCGGGCCAAGGCAAGCGACAUGGUGCACCACAAGUGGCUCGAGGGCGUCGUCGUGCAGGGCGACGUGGAUGUCAUCCACCGCGCAGAACGGGAGGACAUGUCUUCCUCCGUCAGCCCGCCGUCGUCGAAAAUGAUGCAGGGAGACACCAACAUGGGCAGUCCGCCGACGAAUGGUGUACAGGCUUCGAUCAAGCGACCACAGGCAGAAACCGAUGCGCUGAAGCCGGUCGGCGAGCUUCCGGCGCAGGCGGAGUAGGGUCGACGAGAGAAGUGCUAAUCUAAUCUAAUGUGCCCCGCCUGUCUAGAGGUGAUUGAUUGUGUACGACGUACCACAUCUGUUGUAUUUGUGUCUCAUAGCAGCCCAUCCAUUUCUUCGAUACCCGCGGCCUUUCUUGUGGCUGAAAUAUAGACUGGUUAUCAGUCGAGUGUGCACUUCAACGAGAUGACCCUCAAGUGAAAACGGCUCUACUUGGCACACGCCUGUUCAGUCACCUGCCGGCGUCCAAUCGCGUUGACUACUGCUCAGAAAGUCUAUAUGUUUCCAAGGACUUCCUUCUGAAUUAAAAUCUUUCUCUUUUUUCCGGUUCAGUUUUCAGUUUGAUAGUGUGAGAUUUGAGAAUACAAUUCGCUACAGUUGGUAGAGGAGCGGUCCACGGAGUUCUAUACAGUUAAAGAUCAGUCAACGUGCGGGUUACUACUAAUACGGAUAUACGUUUCAAGUCGAGGUAUAAUGAACAGAAGAACAUUCGUUCAUCCCGGGGAGUGGAAUGAUGAACGAUGGGGGUGCGGAUACACGAGAGAUCGAAUCCAACAACGGCUGUGAAAUCAGACCAUGUGAUCGCGCUCAAAUGCAACGGCGCUCAGAGCCGGAGCUCUUCGGCAACGCUGCGCCACCACGCGCACCGCCGCGGGUAGUCCGCGUCGAUGUACGACAUCGCGCUGGACGCAGCCGACGCGCCGGUAUUCGGGACCAUGAAUCCGCCGUUCUGGCUCGCCGGCUCCCAGCGCGGCGCGCCAGGGGCCGCGUGCGUGUUGGGGUCGAGCGUCAUCGCGAAGCUGGACCACCACGCGACGGCCUGUUUCGCGAGGUCCGCUUCGGCGGGCUUGAAGGCGGUGAAUACGGGCUGCGCGACGGACGCGCUGGGGCCCGAGUUCGUGCCGUCAUACAGGUAGAAGAGCUCCGCGGUGUGUGCUGCGCCGACGUAG